GGAGGGGACACACAGCUGACGCUCGACUUUCGAGGAAGUUUAUGUUGCAAGCCUGAAGCGUGACUGCGCCGAAGAGGGUGUUUACACGAUUAUAAAUCACACUUUACAGUAAGACCAAACUCUUGUGAUCGAAUUGGAAGGGCGGUUGAGCACGACUGCUCCGUGAAUGGAUCAGAGAACUAAUGUUGUGAUGAACUAUACAGAAACUGAGUCUAAAGUUCGAGAAGCCACAAACGACGACCCGUGGGGACCCUCUGGGCAGUUAAUGGGGGAGAUUGCUAGGUCCACCUUCAUGUACGAGCAGUUUCCGGAGGUAAUGAACAUGCUGUGGACCAGAAUGCUGAAAGACAACAAGAAAAACUGGAGACGAGUAUACAAGUCUUUACUGCUGCUGGCUUACCUGAUCAGAAAUGGAUCCGAACGGGUUGUCAGUAGCACAAGAGAACACCAGUAUGAUCUGCGGUCUAUUGAGAGCUAUCAUUGUGUAGAUGAAAAUGGGAAAGACCAGGGUAUCAAUGUGCGCCAGAAAGUGAAGGAGCUGAUCGAGUUUGUCCAGGAUGAUGACAGACUGAGAGAAGAGAGGAAGAAGGCCAAGAAAAACAGGGACAAAUACAUUGGAGUGUCUUCUGAUACUAUGGGGGGCUUUAGAUACUUGGAGGAUAGGUUUGAUUUCCGAGACUCGCGCUCUAAAUGGGAUGAAGACUGGGACAAGAACAAGGGGGCUUUCCCAUUCAGUGAGAAACUGGGAGAAAUCAGUGACAAGAUUGGGAGCACCAUCGAUGACACGAUCAAUAUUUUCCGUAAAAAAGACAGGGACGACUCGCCUGACCGAUUCAGUGAUGCAGAUGAAGACCGAAAUCGGGCAGCACGAAAUGGGCAGUCGGGGAAAUCAGAAUUUAAAGAUGACGAAGAGACGGUAACAACCAAAAGUGUACAGAUCGUCCAAGCAACAGAGACCACUGCCACUCGGAAGAGAGGAGGUGCCUCCAAAACGAUAGAUCUGGGAGCAGCUGUGAAUUAUACUGGCAAUAAACCCUCCACAAACACUAACCAGACCACAACAGGAGUGAACCAGCCCAGUGGUGGUCUUGUGGACUUGUUCUCAGCAGAUCCUGCAGCUACUCAGCCAGCCUCCAAAGGUUUAAGCUCUGAUCUGAUUUGCGGUUUUGCUGAUUUCACUUCUGAAGCUGCUGCCAGUCUUCCAUCAACGGCUGCCCCAGCAUCUAGUGGGAGUGGAGACUUUGGCGAUUGGAACGCUUUUUCUACUGCCCAGCCAGCCAUGCCUGCAGCCCAGCCUGUCAACCCUCCAGGAAUAGACCUUUUCUCAGGUCUACAGGCCACAUCGUCUUCUGCCUCUGUUUCCACAGCACCAUCCGCUGACCUCUUUGACCUCAUGGGCUCCUCCCAGACCACUAGCAUCAGCUCCUCCCAAAGCAUGAACUUCUCCAUGACCACCACACAGAACAUUGGCCUGCCAACAUCUACAUCACAGCCACUUCAGACUAUGGGGGGCCCCCUGGUGCCCCAGCAGCCAGUGGCACAGAAACCCAAUCCCACAGCCUUUGUGCCUUCCACUUGGUCCAAUUCUAAUGUAGACAUAAGCCUGGACUAUCUUGGCCCAGGCAUGCAACCACCCAAACCGUCUCACCCCACACUCAACAUGAUGCAGCAACAUGGAGUUCAGACCCCAGUCAACAUGAUAACUCAGGGCUUCGCGGGAAUGAACCUGGGUAUGCAGGCCACCCCAGCAAUGGUCAGACCACCGGCAAAUACCAUGAUGGGAGGAAUGAACAUGGGAAUGCAGCCUGCAAUGAUAGGUAGUGCUAUGGGCAUGCCACUUGUAGGAGGAAUGCCACUUAACCAGGGUAUGAUGGGAAUGAAUAUGAACAUGGGCAUGUCUUCAGCUGCCAUGGGAAUGCCAGGAAACAUGGGUAUGGGUCCAGGAAUGCCAGUCAUGGGGAUGAGCCCUGCUGUGGGACAACCUAAGCAAGAUGCCUUUGCAGAUUUUGCCAACUUUGGGAAAUGAAUUGCAGAGAAAGUUGUGAACAGUCCUUUUGGAGGUAUGACCAUGAAGAAGCUAUGAAGAACUACAAGACAAAGACUACUUGAAAGAUGUCAAAUAAAGUAAUGCAGGAAAAACUUGUUCAAAAGAUUAUGAUGUACAACUGGAUGAUUAUAUUAUUUUAUAUGUUCUGAUCAGCUGUACCAAGGAGCCCUAUUUAGGGUGGCUGGUUUGUUCUGAGAAUCAUGUCAGUCAUUGCAUAUGCACAGCUCACAUUUCUGUGGCAUUGUGAUUUUGCUUUAAGUCUAACAACAAUUCUAACUGUAGAGGUACAUUUAAGGAAUGUGAUGACAAUGAAUUGCUCCGGUUGACUGUAGACUUUACCCACUCACACAACAUAAAGUUCUUAAAUUAACCCAAUAAGUAUUUGGGUUCCCAAUGCUGUUGACAGAUCAUAAUAAUGAAUUGAUAGAAUGACCUUGACUCAUGCCUUAAAAUAACCUGUAAAUAUUUUUACACAAAGGCCGUAACUUAUUGAGUUAAAAAAUUCUUAACAAAUUAUGAACAUAAGAUUUUUUUUGAAUGAAGUACACCCUGUAAUCACUUGUCGUUUUGUAUUUGAUUAUAGUUUGUAUUUAAAUUAUCAUACUCUCUAGUGAAAUGAAGUACUUAAACAUCAAGAUGAUAAAAUCCAUCCAUCUGUCCAUUCAUCUUUUGUAGCUGCUUGUCCUAUGCAGGGUCAUGGGUAGUUCUGGAGCCUAUCCCUGAUGUCUCAGGCCGAAGGCAGGGAAACACCCUGGACAGUUGGCCAGUCUAUCGCAGGGCAACUCACACAGACAUAAACAUUAGAUGAAAGAAUGACAAUUCUAAAGUAAAACCAUUGUGGCCUUUAAAAUGGUUAGCCUGUACGUUUUGAAUGGAAACUUGAUUUGCUUUGCAGUUUUUAUGAAAAUAUAAAAGUUUGUUAUAGGGAUGUGAUUUUGCAAAGCCUUAACACUUGGUGCCUGUCAGUCUGUUGCCUUUCUUUUUUCUGAAUAUUUCUUCCGAGACAAUACGAAAAGUACAGUAUUUAUUAAAUGUACCGUUAAAGAUCUGUAUCCAGUGACGUACAUAUAUGCACAUGUUCUCUUUUUUUUUUUGCAUGGUUAAUUUAUAAGGAAGAGUUUGGGCGACUACAUGAAAUAUAUAUAUAUAAACCUAAUAUGGGUUUGUAUUUUUAUGCAGGUCUGCUCCUGCUGAGUGUAUAGUGUGAGGCUAUGUGCUGAAACCAGUGAAUCUGACAUGCCCAGGUAGCACUGAUGUUCAGAGUUUGAUUCUGUAUCCAGAGGACCAUCACUGUAUUGUCAAGAUCAUCUCUUUCUAUCCAAAGUGUGCACUGACACUGGCUAAGCCCCUCCCACUUUCAUUCUGAUAUUCUGAUGCUUUUUAUAGCAAUAUGACCAAAUUUUUUUUCUUUUUUUCUGAAGGUUUUUUUUUUGUCUGGUCCGUUAGGAACUUUUGAGUGGUUAAGGGUGAGGGAGUGUUAUUGGAAACACAAUAUGUUUAUGCAAAUAUACAGCAAGCAACAAAAAAUUCUUCCACUGAGAAUAUUCAUGUUUUCAAUUUCAUACAAUGACUUGAUUGUACUUAUGUUCUUUUAUGAAUGACAAUAAAGAGUUGA